AUGAAACGUCAGCUUUUGGUAAAAACUAUCCGAUGGAGUCAGCGCUCCAGAGGUUCCACCAUCAGAAUGUCCGAAGUGAACAGAGACAUCGCUGGGAGGCAAUCCAGUGACGAUGAAGUAGAGAUGGCUGCAGACGACGAAGGAACAGAUCAACAACAUGAAAUGGCUGACCACCUGUCUGGAGGGUCAUCAGAGGACGGAGGGGAAGAUCCAAACCAUGAAAUGAACUCUGACCGAGGCACAAACACUUCAGAUGAAAGUGCAGGCGAAGAUGUAAUGAAUGAAGAUAGAGCUAACUCAGUUCCAUCUGGUGACGACACUCCCGAAGAUCCAAUGGAGCAUGUAUUUGACCCUACCUUCAAUGGUGAGAAGAAGAUCUAUGCUGGUUCUUCAGUUACCAUGGCAGCUCUCCUUCUUCUUCUCAUGGCUUUUAUCCUGAAGCAUGGCCUGUCAAAAGCAGCGACCAAACACCUCCUCGAGCUCCUAAACUUUGUGGUGCCCGGAUGUGUGCCAAAGUCAGUGUGGUAUUUAGAGAAAUACUUUCUUGAUUAUAAUGACAAAACAGAAAUUCAUUUUUACUGUCCCAGAUGUGCAAACUACCUCGGUGUUGAACCAGGUAAUGAGUGUGGGGUGUGCCAGCAGACUGCAGACUGCGCCGCUCUGCACCUUGUCACCCUCCCCACCCACCACCACCAGCACCACCUCUUCCAAUCUUGA